UCACCUUAUGUUUCUCUCUCCCCUCCCCACCACCUUUUAAAUCUACUCCUCGGCUUCUUUUUCUCCAGUCCUGUCGGAGGGAUUCCGCCCGAAAUGUCACUGUACAGUACGCUUUUCCUAGAUGCUGCCUGGCCUGCUGGGAUCCUCCAGCAUUUUGUGUGUGUUGAUGGAUUCCAGUUGCCCUGGUACUGGUUCUCCAUGACUGCAACGUGUUGGUGAAACCUUUCACUGUGCUUGUCACUGACAGCAUCAAGAUUUGCAGGGAAGAGGUCCAAAUGGGAAUGCAGAAAAUAAGUCUUUAGUGACAUGUUGCACUUCACAGUUUUGUAUGCUUGAAGCAUGUUGUCAACCAUCCGCACAGUUUGAUGCUCUGUUGUUGCCAAGAAAAUUUUCAGCAACAUUCUGGAAUGCCUUCCAUGCGAUUUUCUCCGGUCCAACUUGGAAGUUCUUCGAAUUGCCUGCUAGAUGACCUGUCAGAUUUGUGGACCAAAAAAAUGCCUUCCUUAACCUUGGCAUCAGUUAUUCUGUGAAACAUCUGUCUCAUAUAUCGAAACCCUUCACAGAAUUUUAUGAGCCUUUCUAAAACCUGUCCUGCCAUGCAGCAUCCACCCUGCCUAAGCAUACCCGGACAAGAUAGAAAACUUUUCAGCUUACAUUGUGGGCAACGUUUUAAUUUACUUGAACUAUGAAUUGAAAUAACAAAUAUAGGGAAUUCCAAAAAAUGGUGAGUGAUAGGGAAAUUUCAUGGUGAUUUUCAUAAUCAGCAGCCUGAAAUCCAUAAGAUAACCCGAAAGUAUUCAGGAAGCAAAAUCUUUGUUGUUCAGUGGAAUUAGUAAGACUAGUGGAAUGCCCACCUUUAUUGCAAAAGAUAUGUAGUAGAAAGCACAGAAGUUUUGAUACAACCUAACAGGACACUGGUGAGAUCACACAGAGUAAUGGGUACAGGUUUUGAUAUGUUUAGGAAAUGGUGUACUUGUACAGGGAGUAAUGGGGAGAAGGUGCUCUGCACUUCUGGGUUGAAGAGAAUUUUUCAGCAGCUUGAGUCUGUACUGAUUGUGUCAGAGAGGAAGAACGAGCGAUCUUAUACAGGAUUCUGAGGGAGAUUGACAGGGUGGGCAGUAAAACUAUGUUCCCCUUGUGGGGAUGCGGUUCCUUAGGAUUGUCAUAGCCGGGGUGGGGGAGUAGUGGCGAUAAACGCCCACGACUUAUUAAAUGCUCCCAAUGGCGUGCGUUUCAAAUAGCCCUUGACACCCAAGUCCAGCUCCUUGCCUUCACGUGUGGUUUAGCCACUAAGCCCGGCAGAACCGUUUCUAUCGAGAGGAGAAUGGGCAAAGGUGAUGCCUUAAAACCAGCGCUUCGAAUAUAAGGGUCUCUCUCAGCCGUGGCUGGCAGCUCAUAUAGAAGAAAAAACUGAUCUCAAACCUCCGCUGCCUUGUGGCUAUACCCACUUGUGGAGAAGACUUCGGGAGUAAACCCCGAGGGAAAAUCCGGAGCCGGAGUCCCUCAGGCAGUCCUACGUUGAGUUCAAAGCCGAGUUGCAACUCCUGCGACGCUGCUGGUACCAAACUGUAUCGGUCUCCGCAGUUCCUUUAGAUUCACCAGAGUCGUGGAGAGGGGAAACCUACUACGAGGGCAACAGCUCGCUCCUCCAUAUCGUACUGCCCUGGUUUGUGUGGACAGCUCGGGCGCAGCACCCAUGGUCGACCCUGAUCAAUGGUGGGCCUCAUCUGUGUGUGUGUGUGUGGUCAUAUUUUCAACAUGCCACUUCAGCUGCAGAUGAGGAGAAACUUCAAAACUUCAUCCAUCAGCGUGCUGGAUGGAAAUCCAAGGAGAUUCACAGAAGUUUAAAUUAUUGUGGGGGUACCGUCAAGAGAGAGAAAGUGAGUAAACGGAGGUCACGGUUGCCUGAAUAAUUCUUUGUUAACUGGCCUUCUCUUGUUCCUUUAUUUUCUGUAUACGCCAGUUCGACUUGACUUUACCUUGCAGAGGACUCUUUUUUUAAAACAGUAUCGAUAUAAGUACUUUUCUUUCCCUCUGAUAUUUUCCCUGUCUUUACUGUAUUAAUAUAAGAACCUUUCCCUUUUUUUAAACUGCAUUGAAUCCUUUUCUCUGGAUUUUUUUUGCUAUAACGAUGUAAGUACCUUUCCCCUGGGGACACAGGUGUAACCCCACGCUAGCACGACAGGUUCCUUUGACUCGGGUGAACCCGUUCCUUUCCGCCUCGGCUCCCUGUCGCUGCGCAUGUCGAGUCGCCUCUGUUUGCAGACAGUUCAACACUUCGAUUGGUGCGCCGGGGGCCGCGACGUCGGGGUGUGUUGUUUUCUCUCCCUUCUCGGAUCGCCGGCCCUUAGUCUUCCAUUAACCACGGCUCCUCCCGUCAGCGAGAAGGCUUGCCGCGCGUUAUAAAUGUUCUUCCUGGAGGAGGGGUCCACCCUGUGGAGCGAGAUAUCGGGCUGGAGGCUCGUCAUGCUGCUGGUGGUCGGGGCCUUUAUCGUCGCUUUCGUCCUGCUGCUCUACAUGGUGUCGCCGCUGAUCAGCCCCAAGCCGCUGAAACUGAGCGGCUCGCACGUUGUGGUAACUGGAGGUUCAAGUGGUAUUGGUAAAAGCAUUGCCAUCGAAUGCUUCAAGCAUGGUGCUUUUAUAACUUUGGUGGCUCGAGAUGAGACCAAGCUGCUGCGAGCAAAGAAGGAAAUUGAGAAAUAUUCAAUUAAUGAUAAACAGGUGGUUUUAUGCAUAUCGGUUGAUGUCUCAAAAGACUACGGACAAGUGCAGAGUGUGAUAAAACAAGCUCAGGAGAAGCUGGGGCCAGUGGACAUGCUGAUAAACUGUGCUGGAACAUCUGUUGCUGCAAAGUUCGAAGAUGUUGACAUCAGCAUUUUCAGAAGGUUAAUGGAGAUCAAUUAUCUGGGUAGUGUCUAUCCCACCCGAGCUGUCAUUCACACCAUGAAGGAAAGAAGAAUGGGAAGGAUAGUCUUCGUGUCAUCCCAGGCAGGACAAGUUGGGUUAUUUGGAUACACAGCCUAUUCUCCAUCCAAAUUUGCUCUUCGUGGAUUAGCUGAAUCACUGCAAAUGGAGGUGAAGCCAUAUAAUAUCUACGUCACAGUUGCGUACCCUCCUGACACAGACACACCUGGAUUUCAGGAGGAGAAUAAAGACAAGCCUUUGGAGACCCAAAUGAUUUCUGAGACAUCAGGGCUAUGUCAACCAGAUCAAGUGGCAAAGAUCAUCGUAAAAGAUGCUGUGCAAGGAAAUUUUAACAGUUCAGUUGGAUCUGAUGGAUACAUGUUAUCUUCUCUCACCUGUGGUAUGUCUCCUGUCACCACUAUUACAGAAGGUCUUCAGCAGAUCUUCACCAUGGGUCUUUUCCGUACAAUUGCUCUGUUUUAUUUGGGAAGCUUCGACAGCAUAGUACGCCGCUGUAUGAUGCAGCAAGGAAAGUGUGCAGUUCGGGAGAAGAAGGAUGAUUGACCUCCAUUUGACAUGGUGCCCAGUGAUUCAGACUUUUAGAAGUUGAACGAUCGAAGGAGAUGUUUCGGUGAACAAUAAUUUUAUUCCUCUUCUCAAUGGCAUCAGGCAUUGGUUGUGGAUUGUGGCAGAAAAUCCCAUAAAGUGGAAGCUAAUGCAAUAGUUGUGUGGGUCUGAUGCUGAAAAUGGGGAUUUCCAUAUAAUUUAUAACUCUGAUGUGGACUGGCAGGAGUGCAUGUGAGAGAUUUACAAAUCAUUGAGUGUCUAUUUUUAAUGUAUUGUGCGACGCACACUACUUUUGUAAGUAAUCAACUUCCCUUGAUUGGAGUAAUUUAACAUCUUUUUAAAUUUCAUUUCUACACUGUUUGCAUUUAGUGUUCCACUGGAAUCUGCAAAAAUAUUUUUUUUUAGUCUCACAACCUGUUCAUCCGGCUUUAAACAUCUGUAUCACACUUUGAAAGUGAAUCCCUUCUUUGUUUAUAAAUGCCUAAGUAUGUAGUUUUGGAAAUCGUGUUUCUUCGGGUGUCCAGACUGAGGCAUUCAUCUAACUACCGUCCCCUAUUUGUAUUUGGUCAAAAGCCUGAUGCGGAAAAAUCAAUGCAAGUCUUAACCUCAUGAUUUAGAAACUAAGAUUCAUUAAGCACUACUUUGUUACAUUAAAAAAAUUGAAUAAAAUACUUUCUAUUGGAGCUUUGCUAUCCUGUCAGGUAAUGAUGUGUGAUGCAUCACACUAAUUUGCUGAAUAAUUUAUUUCGUUUUUAAUAUUGUUUACAGUCUUAAGUUCUCUGGUCACUUUAGAAAAAAAUUUAGAGAUACGAUUUUUCCUCCCUUAUCUAAAUAAUGCAACAGAAUCUUCUGGAAUACUAUAGUGACAUCUCUAGACUGGUAUUUGAACCCAUAACCUACUGAGUUGUAAAAGCUGCAGCUGAUUAGAGGGUGAUACGACAUGGAAUCACAAAGAUGAUCACUUUUUAAAACAUCCUAUAGCAAUUUCUGCAGCACCUAACUAGUUUUAUUUAAAAUUUAGUCAGUUCUAAUAGAUCAGCUAUCUAAUCCGUAGUGUAUUUUAAUUGGAAUUUUUUUGUAAUUUGACCAGCAUAGCUAUGGGAUAUUUAUUGUAUUAAGCCCAUAAGAUAAUAAGAGCAGAAUCAGGCCGUCCGGCCCAUCGAGUCUGCGCCACCAUUCCAUCACGGCUGAUUUAUUGUCCCUCUCAACCCCAUUCUCCUGCCUUCUCCCCGUAACCUUUGAUGCCCUUACUAAUCAGGAACGUAUCAACCGCCACUUGAAAUACAGUGGAUUCUGGUUAGUUGGGACACUUCGGGACCAGUACAUUCUGGCCCAGUUAAGUGGCUGCCCCAGUUAGUUGAGGCUUCAUGAAAAUAGUUUUAAAAAGUAUUAAAGAGACAAACUACCAUUUAACUGAGUAACAAAUUAUGUAUUUGAAUGAAAAACAGAACAAAUUAGAACAUUACCAAUACUAUUACAGUACUAUAAAACUUGUAUUAGUUCCUAGUAGUUAUUGACGGAAAGAUUAAACCAGUGUACUCUGCCGUGUUCUUUUGAUUGACUGUAAAUGAGUAAAAUCAGCGUAGACGCCUAGUGUAGAUAAUGGACUGCCUCAUACAACCAUUUUGAUGACUGCAUCCUCUAAAUCUUUUUUUUCAUUGAAACAUUGAAGAUGAUUGUGGAUAACUUUAACUUCUUCAUAGUUCCUAACUUGUUGAAGUAGUAAAAUCAUUUCAUUUUCACUCCCGGCCAUUUCUGGCAUUUCCAAGCCUGAUUGCUUGAAACCACAAUGAGCAAAACAGUUCUGAAUUGUCUUCUUAUCACCAACCAUCAGUGACAAAAUUCACUGCUUUUUAAAUACACAGACAAGUAAUUCUAUUUUAAAAAUCUUUCACUCAAGGCACUGUAUAGUGUCUAAGGCUGCACAAAUGCACGCAGCUGAUGCUAGUUAGAAACUGUUCAGCAACAGUCUUUUGCCCCAAUUAAGUGGCAUAGUGUCCCAAAUAAAUAAAGGAAACCCCGGCUAUUUUCUCAAUUAGUUUUCA